UUCCAUUAAACGGGGCGGCACACCCAAUUCUGCAUAUAUACCAGGGGUGCAGAUUAACCCCUUUCAUCGACAGGAUCAUACAGCAACCAUGAUUUCUCUGGUCUUUGUUCUGCUCAUUGGAGCCGCUUUCGCCACGGAGGACGACAAGAUCGUUGGAGGGUAUGAGUGCAAGGCCCACUCCCAGCCCCACCAGGUGUCUCUGAACUCUGGGUACCACUUCUGUGGUGGCUCCUUGGUCAAUGAGAACUGGGUUGUGUCUGCUGCUCACUGCUACAAGUCCCGUGUGGAGGUGCGUCUGGGCGAGCACAACAUCAAGGUGACUGAGGGUAGCGAGCAGUUCAUCUCUUCAUCCCGCGUGAUCCGUCACCCCAACUACAACUCCUACAACAUCGACAAUGACAUCAUGCUGAUCAAGCUGAGCAAGCCCGCCACCCUCAACACCUACGUGCAGCCUGUUGCUCUGCCCAGCAGCUGUGCCCCCGCUGGCACCAUGUGUACCGUCUCUGGAUGGGGCAACACCAUGAGCUCCACCGCAGAUGGCAACAAGCUGCAGUGCCUGAACAUCCCCAUCCUGUCCUACAGCGACUGUAACAACUCCUACCCUGGCAUGAUCACCAACGCCAUGUUCUGUGCUGGAUACCUGGAGGGAGGCAAGGACUCUUGCCAGGGUGACUCUGGUGGCCCUGUGGUGUGCAAUGGUGAGCUCCAGGGUGUUGUGUCCUGGGGUUAUGGCUGUGCCGAGCCCGGUAACCCCGGUGUCUACGCCAAGGUGUGCAUCUUCAAUGACUGGCUGACCAGCACCAUGGCCACCUACUAAGUCUGAUCCUAGCUUUGGUCGUCCAGUACGUUCGCACAACUCUACAACAUCCCGUUCCAGAUCAACAUCCACCUUUAGUACGGGAGAUUAGACAUUAUUUAUGUUUAUGAUAAAUAAAGCAUUUAACACUAAAAAA